ACUCUCUUUAGCAAUAAACUCUCAUACAACAAAAACCAACUAAUUAACAAAGCAGUCCUCUUGGCGCCUCCUUUUUCAUUUUCUCACUAUAUAUACUUACAUUUGUCCCUCUCCUCACUUUGGACAUCCAACACCAAACUUGUUUUUUAACAAACACCUUCUCAAACUCUUUCUUUCUCUCUUAUUCUCUUAUUCCCUCCACUAAUAAUCUCCAAAUUAAUUAAAUAACAACUAGAACAAAUCAUCCUAAGAAAAUCACUUAUGCCCUUCAAUUGCAUAGCACCAAAGCCGGAGAAUAACGGCUGUAAUAACAAUAAUACAACCCUCCAAGAUCUUCCCACGAUGUUGGAACCCGUUUUCCCCAUCGCUUUAAAGUUUGAGGAAGUGAUGUACAAGGUAAAGUUGCAAGGUCAAAAAUGCAAGGAAAAGACCAUCCUUAAUGGUGUCAGUGGCGUGGUAUGUCCGGGAGAGAUCCUAGCCAUGCUAGGUCCUUCGGGUAGCGGUAAAACCACCCUACUGAGCACCCUCGGCGGAAGGAUUGGUGGCAAGUUACUAAGUGGUAAAAUCACCUACAACGGCCAACCUUUCUCCGGUUCAAUAAAGAGACGUACAGGCUUUGUUGCUCAAGAUGAUGUACUAUACCCUCACCUCACAGUAUUUGAGACCUUAUUGUUUACAGCCCUAUUAAGGCUACCAAGCGCCCUGGCCCACGAAGUUAAAGUGAGCCAGGUGGAACGCGUGGUAGCAGAGUUGGGCCUGGGUCGGGUGAGAAAUAGUAUGAUUGGAGGCCCAUUAGUAAGGGGUAUCUCAGGAGGAGAAAAAAAGAGGGUUAGCAUAGGUCAGGAGAUGUUGAUUAACCCAAGUCUAAUGUUAUUAGAUGAGCCUACUUCGGGCCUAGAUUCAACCACAGCUUUACGUAUCAUGGUCACCCUUAAGGGUCUGGCUGAGGGGGGACGGACUGUAAUCACCACGAUCCACCAACCAUCUAGUCGCCUAUACCACAUGUUCCACAAGGUGGUACUUCUAUCCGAGGGCAGACCUAUUUAUUACGGGUCUGCCUCCUCCGCUCUAGAAUAUUUCAAUUCGGUCGGAUUUUCAACAUCCUUGACAAUUAACCCUGCCGAUCUUCUCCUAGACCUCGCUAGUGGUAUUGGGCCGGAGUCCAAGCAUGCAAUGGAGACAGGUGAAAAUAUGGAGCAAGAAAAGAAACAAGUGAGAGAAGCUCUAAUUUCUGCUUAUGAAAAGAAUAUAUCAACAAGAUUGAAGACUGAACUUUGUAAUUUGGAAACGGCUAAUUACGGUUGGAAGAAAGAUGCCUCUAACACAACAAGGAAAGACAGAAAAGGAGAACAAUGGUGCACAAGCUGGUGGCACCAAUUCAAAGUAUUGCUACAGAGAGGGAUGAAAGAAAGGAGAUUUGAAGCAUUUAAUAGGCUCAGAAUCUUCCAGGUCUUAAGUGUUGCCACCCUUGGUGGGCUCCUUUGGUGGCACACCCCUGAAUCCCACAUUGAAGAUAGAGUUGCUUUGAUUUUCUUCUUUUCCGUAUUUUGGGGUUUUUACCCUUUAUAUAAUGCGGUUUUCACCUUUCCACAAGAACGAAGAAUGCUAAUCAAGGAACGCACAUCAGGAAUGUACAAGCUCUCCUCAUACUUUCUAGCAAGAACAAUAGGAGACUUACCCUUGGAGCUAGCCCUACCUACCGCCUUUGUCUUCAUAAUAUAUUGGAUGGGUGGACUAAAGCCAAACCCUAUCAUCUUUAUUCUUUCUCUCAUUGUUGUCCUUUACAAUGUUUUGGUUGCUCAAAGCCUAGGCCUUGCAAUAGGUGCAAUACUAAUGGACAUCAAACCGGCAACCACCUUGGCAUCGGUCACAACCCUAGUGUUCCUAAUCGCCGGAGGCUACUAUGUCCAACAAAUCCCUCCUUUCAUUGUGUGGCUUAAGUACUUGAGUUAUAGCUACUAUUGUUACAAGUUACUCCUUGGUGUACAAUACCAAGAAGAUGAUACUUACCCUUGCUUGAAGAUGGGAAAAUGGGAAUGGUGCAAAGUUAUUGAUGUUCCUGCUGUAAAAUCAAUGGGCCUCAAUCAUUUAUGGAUGGAUGUUUGUGUCUUGGGACUAAUGUUGGUGGGCUAUAGAAUAGUUGCUUACUUAGCAUUACAACGAGUACGCAUGAGGUGAACUUUUAUGUAGUGGCAGGAAAGUAUAUAUACGUCUUUUUGAGGGCUUGUCUAUUAUACACCCGAGGAUAUAUGAAUGGAGUAGUGCUUUAUUAACUUAGAAAACUUUAAGGGUUCACUCCAUUUUUCUUUCACUUGAAAAAUAAUUGUAAUUUAGACAAGAAAAUCAUAAUUUUGGCGGUAAGUACUUCUAUAGAAAUGAAAUGGUACUACUUAUGAUCAUGUAUACUAAAGCUAAGUAUUAUGGAGUACUAGAAGCAUUUUUACCUAAACUAGCAA